AUGGAGCCUUCGCAGGAAUUUAAAAUUGUCACUCUUGGAGAAGGAAGGGUUGGCAAGACCUCCCUCACUCUCAAGGCUGCCCGUGGACAGUUUCACGAAGAUGAAAGAUCUACAGUCAAUGCAAACUUUCUUCAAAAAGACAUCAAUUUACAAGGCACCUCGGUCAGACUUCACUUAUGGGACACAGCAGGCCAAGAACGUUUUCGCGCUUUAGCGCCGAAUUAUUAUAGAGGUGCCAAAGGAGCAAUAGUUGUCUAUGACAUCACUGACAGAUCUUCUUUUGACCGUGUAGUUUCAUGGGUGAAAGAACUCUCCAUGCAGGCUGAUAAAGAUAUCUGUAUAGUCAUAGCAGGCAAUAAAUGUGAUAAAGAAAAAGAACGGCAAAUAUCCAAAGCAGAAGCCAUGGAAUAUGCCAGAAGAGUCGGCGUUUUGCAUUUUGAUACGAGUGCAAAAACUGGCUUAGGAGUUGAAGAAAUAUUCCAAGAACUUGCAAAGCUUGUUUAUCAGGCACAAAGCCAAAAAACACAAAAUUCUGGGGUAGGAGGACAUAAAAGUAGAAAGGGGAAGAAAAUAGUGAUUCAGAAAGAAAAUCAAACGGAGAAGAAAAAAGACUGCUGCUAA